AUGGCAACUGCCCAUGGAUCUACCACUCACCUUUCAACAGGGCCGAUGUCUGCGGCAGCGUCGACGAGCGCAGACGAACUGAAGGAAUAUCAGCGCAUUCUCAAGAUCAGCGAUGAGAUCUUUACCGGCACUCACCCACGUCUCAAAGUACCCCAGCAGUUUGUUCGCAAAACCGUGACGCGGAGCAAUCACAAUGAGUCUCCAAGUCUACCGGCGGCGAGAAGGGAAUCUCCUGGGAACCUAGUAGACGGGGGAGAGCCGGUCAAAGUGGCUGAGACUGACCAAAAUUCGCGAGCUCCUCCCGUGGAGAGCAAAGCGCCGACGCGAUCGAAUCUCAACGCCGCCGCGCCUUCUUUCCGAAUGGCACCCAAGGCCGUGUCCGAAAUCGAUCCUAUCUUCCUGACCAAGUCUGAGGACCUUGUUCGGGCAGAAAUACAACUUCAACGGCAGAGGGUGGAAAGGACGCUGCGUGAUCAGCUAGAACAGAGAAAGCAUGAGUCGAAACAGAAGCCCGCGAUCCAAGAUACUACGCCGGGGUUCGAUGUCUCGGACGUUCUGGCGCGGGCCUUGGAGAUUGUCCAGCCGGUCUCGCUGAGUGAAACCUCCGAGCCAACCGGGCCGAACGACUCCUUUGAUGACAACUCAUUCUACUCCAGUAGAGCACCGGACUCACCACAGCCGGCCGGGGGGCAUCGGAAGCCAUCUCCAGUUGCUGCGCCUCCGCUGGCAAGCGCUCCUUCUCAAGCCAUUGUGGAAGCCUACGAAGAUGAGUUGCAGCGACUGGAAGCUCUGAAUCGAACAGAAUCCGAUCAGGAAAUGCAUGAUGCUUACCCUGUUGUUGACCAGAGCGCCCACCAACUGCGAGAGCAUUUCUCUCCAAGGCAGCCCCAACCUCGUGAUCUCCAAAGCAAAGCGCAAUCCCCGGAUGUCCUCGAAGAGCCAGAGUACUCUCCCCCAGCACCUGUGGCGCCCCCACCCACCGAUCACGCUCGAUACGCACAACGAACGCUGACCGCCGGGGCCAUGGAUUCAUCCAUGGACCGUGUCACGGUUGUGCGCAAUCAUAUCACCUCACCGGCUGCUCCUCAGCCCUCCCAUGUGUCGCCUCUCGCAACCACCAAACUUUCCUCGGCCCAGCAGCGACGAGCUGGGCAUUCCGAUCUUGGACUCAACCAAUUAUACUCGGAUCCUGACUCUGGCCGCGAAGGUCUCAGCAGUGCAGUGCCGCCUGUAUCGUCUCGCAAGCGGAGAAAGAUUCAAGCAAGUGGCGAGAAACGUGUUGUCUCUCCUAAAAACCAGACAUCUGGUUCCAUUGAUGCGCCGAUCAAGCUAGAGCCGGUGUCUCCACCACCAUUUGCUGAUGAUCCGGCUAUCCGCUCGGGCCGGCAAGUUCAGGAGCGACCUGUGUAUAUCGAUAUCGCGUCCCCUCAGUACACUUCUGUGGUUGAGCGGCGUGAGCCUUCUGCGCGAGGCCCAGUCUAUGAGCUGAACCAUUACGGGCCCGAAUAUGCUGUGGAUCACAGUACGCAACGAUCAGUCUCUGGUCUGGGCGAGCGGCGUGCCGUGCGAGAAGACUCCAAUCUUCGGCGAGUGGUCACCACGCAGUAUGUCCGGCAAUCUGAUCAAGCCACGGGAUACGGUGGUGGGACGGAGCCUCGUGUCUCCCGCGCCACAUCGUAUGCGGUCACGGAACGGCCUUCCCAGGAGUCGACGCGCUAUUACGAGGAACUGCCAUCUUCGCAUCGGACCCGCUAUAUUACCGUUGAUGAUGGUCGUCACUCGGCGUACCAAGAGCCAUAUUACGAGGAGGCCGCGCCUGUGCGCCUUAUCGCUGCGCCCGAACGCCGAUUUGUAGUCGACGAGCUCGGAAAUCGCUACGAGAUGGUGCCGGCGCCGAGUGUGCAACCGAUGGCUCCCCCACCUAGACCCAUGUCCAGAGCGUUGAAACCCGAGACGUACCAUGAACACCUUCCGUCGCGCACGGCCAGUGUUCGAGCUGCGUCGGUCUUACAAGAUCCGUAUGGUGAGCACAGGUAUGUCCAGGAGAUGCCUCCACCCCCGCCAACAUACCGACGGGUGGUGUCGGACUAUGGUCGACCCGUUGCAACGGAACGUAGAGUCUUUACGGCGCCGAUGGAUAUUCAUGAUCGAUAUGUACCAAGCGAAACAGUGCCGGUGGCCGAAUACGUUUCUCACCGGCCGGCCUACGCGGACGACCAUGGCCCUACCCAUGAGAGGGUCAUUCGCACCACCAGCGUGCGGCCACCACCAGCUCGUUACGAAGAACCCUUGGAAGUGGUUCAGCGUGUGAGCAGUGUUCACCCGGGAGUCUCGAGUCGUGCAGUGAGUGUCUUUGCGGAUGAACGGCCCCGGGGUCAGUACAUUGAGCGACCUUACUACAUUCGUGAGCAGCGUUACUAUGAGACCGACGACGGAAAUCGCAUGGCGUUGGAUGGCCCCGCCGACACGGCGCCUCGUGUUCAGCCACGCUACUAA